UAUACUGGCAACGGUGUCCCUAAGCCAAGAUGGUGACUUAUUAGAAAGACUUGGACUUGUUUUUUGUGUUUCCUGCGAUAGUUUUAUCCCACUCUACAGGAAAUACAAUCGAAGCUUCUAAUCUUACCACUUUUGAGCCAUAUAUUUAGAGUGACAUUCUAGAGGUUGCAGCCUACUUGUUAUCAUAGAAAAAAAUUUAUUUCUGCGAUUCGGGAACGUCUUUUAUAUUCCAUGUAACUUAUGGAAUAUGGUAGUUUUGAGUUCCUGGUCUGAUUAUGGCAUUUGAGAAUAUUGGGAACACCAGUACAUUUUAGUGACUGGUGUAGUACUGAGUGGCAGCAAAUUCCUACAUCCUGGUUUGCAUGAAAUGGCAGAAAGUGUUGUGGCAGCAGCUACAACCAGCUCUGGCAGCUCAAGCUCUAGGAACAAUAAUCAACCUCUUUUUCAUCAGCUUAAUCUCUCAGUUCUAAAGGCCACAGUUGAUCCUGUUUGCAUAACAAAAAAGCCUUCACCAUAUGUUGAAGUAUUAGUUGAUGGAAAAGUGGUUCGGAAAACCGAAGCUGUUAAGAACUCCCACGAACCCACCUGGUCUAAUGAAACUUUCACUGUGCUUGUAACAAUUUCAUCAAAAUGCCUCUUGAGGCUCUACAGUCAUUCAACUUUCAAGAGAGAUUUAGUCUUAGGAGAAGGCAGAGUUGAUAUCCACAAACAGUUAGUACGGGAGCAGGGGAAAUUUGAUAAAACCAACCUUGUUCUUGACAUAAAGGGGGAAGUGAAAAAUGGCAUUAAUGCCGUGUCACCCACACCAGCUGCUAAUGGACGCAGUACCAGAGUGAAAAUAGGAGAAGUCUUUAUCGUAAUGGACGGAAUGAGAGUAGAUCCUAAAUUGUUAACAGGCAGCCGAAGCGUGGCGAGGGUGAACGGCGAGACAGGUGAGUCAAGCUCCACAUCCGAGAUCCGGACGAACGGUGCAGCAGUGGUCCCUGCUACGAGUAAUAAUUCGGCCAUAAACGAAAACGGGGGUGGAGCUCGUCCUCGUACCCGAUCGAAUGAUGUGGAAACUGCCCCCAUUCCAGCAACAACUAGUGCUCCAGCGAGGACACCCAACGGAACUCCGCAGCAAACGCCAUUAAGGACCCCGAACGGUACCGCUGCAGCACCCGCUCCUAGGACCGAAACUACUCCAGCAGCACCAGCGGCUGCGCCGGUAGCGGCACCACCUGGCCCAGAAGAACCUCUUCCACCAGGCUGGGAAGUCCGCUUCGAUAAAUAUAGUCGGCGCUAUUACGUCGAUCACAAUACGCGGAGUACCACUUGGGAACGCCCGCAGCCUCUUCCUGCUGGGUGGGAGAUGAGGAGAGACCCCCGGGGGCGAGUCUACUACGUUGAUCACAACACGCGCUCGACGACGUGGCAAAGGCCGAACGUGGAACGCCUGCAACAUUACGAACAGUGGCAAGGCCAAAGAGCGCAUGUCGUCCAACAGUGUAGCCAGAGAUUCCUAUUUCCACAGGGCGGUGGAGUCAGCACCGGAACGGCAGUGGUGACGGGCACGGAGGAAAGUGAUCCGCUCGGGCCGUUGCCCGAAGGCUGGGAGAAGCGGGUGGAGCCCAAUGGCAGGGUCUACUUCGUCAACCACAAGAACCGCACGACGCAGUGGGAGGACCCCAGAACUCAAGGGAUGAACCAGGAGGAUCCCUUGCCUCCGGGAUGGGAAAUGCGAAUUACCGACGAUGGUGUUCAUUACUUUGUCGACCACAACACCCGGACGACCACGUUCCAAGAUCCUAGACCAGGGGCUACCAAAGGACCUAAAGGUGCCUACGGUGUUCCCAUAGCGUACGAACGGUCUUUCCGCUGGAAGCUAUCUCAGUUCCGCUACUUGUGCCAGAGUAAUGCCUUGCCCUCGCACAUCAAGAUCACUCUCAACCGGCAGACGCUGUUUGAAGAUUCGCACCACCAGAUCAUGCGCCUGCCCGCCUACGAACUACGCAGACGGUUGUACGUCAUCUUCCGCGGCGAGGAAGGCCUUGAUUACGGUGGAGUGGCUAGGGAAUGGUUCCUCCUGCUGUCGCACGAAGUCCUAAACCCCAUGUACUGCCUGUUCGAGUACGCAAACAAGAACAAUUACAGCCUUCAAAUCAACCCAGCGUCGCACGUCAAUCCGGAUCACUUGCACUAUUUCAAGUUUAUCGGUCGAUUCAUCGCCAUGGCUCUAUAUCACGGCCGCUUCAUCUACUCGGCUUUCACGCUGCCGUUCUACAAGCGGAUGUUGAACAAGAAGCUGACGACCAAAGAUAUCGAGUCGGUCGACCCGGAAUUUUUCAAUUCGCUCAUGUGGGUCAAAGACAACAAUUUGGAAGAGUGCGGCUUGGAGCUCUACUUCUCGGCCGAUUUCGAGGUGCUGGGCCAGUUGACGCAUCACGAGCUGAAGCCCGGCGGCGACAACGUGCGCGUCAACGAGGAGAAUAAGGAGGAAUACCUGAGGUUGAUGACUGAUUGGAGGAUGAACCGCGGCAUUGAGGAGCAAACGAAAGCCUUCUUGGACGGAUUCAACGAAGUGGUUCCACUUGAAUGGCUUCAUUACUUUGACGAGCGGGAGCUGGAAUUGAUGUUGUGCGGCAUGCAGGAGAUCGACAUCGAUGAUUGGCAACGCAACACGGUCUACCGCCACUAUACCCGCAAUUCCAAGCAGGUUCAAUGGUUCUGGCAGUUUGUACGCGCCAUGGACAACGAGAAGCGAGCCCGUUUGCUGCAGUUCGUCUGCGGUACAUGCAAAGUGCCCGUCGGAGGAUUCGCCGAGCUCAUGGGGAGCAAUGGACCUCAGCGUUUCUGCAUCGAGAAAGUCGGCAAGGAGACUUGGCUGCCUCGUUCGCAUACGUGCUUUAACCGGCUCGACUUGCCGCCCUACAAGAGCUACGAGCAGCUCGUCGAGAAGAUGACGUUCGCCAUCGAAGAAACCGAAGGCUUCGGUCAAGAAUGAGAUUGAGAAGGUGAAAAAAAAAACUAAGCUAAGCUAACAACACAAGGGAUAAACUUGCUACGAAUUAAAUAUCAGAAAGGUAGGAGAAAAUGGGUGGAAGAAUAGGCUGACCUUUUUCCUUUAAUUGUACAAUAGAUUUUGCAUAUAAUAUAUAUAUGCCAGUACUUCCCUUCUUCACAUUAGUACCUUUCCGUCGGCCUCGUUUGUUUACCACUUCCGAUUCCCGUUUUUAGCAUAUAAUAAUUUCUUUUAGCGUAACAGUGCGUCGACCCAUUUUUUUUUCUGUUUUUUGUAAAACGGCGUUUGUUCUGCGCGAAUGUGCGAUAAGAACUGAGUGCGUGUGUUUUGGUGUUCAAUCAGUAAUGAUGUGUUGGUUGUUUACGUCCUAAGUACGCAAUCUUUUUUUUAGAUUUAAAACCAAAAAAAAAGAAAAGAAACAAAAAAAUCGAUAGAGUUUAUUAACUUUUUUUUGUGGGAGGGGGGUGUGCGUUUUUCACGCGUUUCCGUCAUGUAUAAUCCCCAACAGCCGAGACGACGCUGGACGUAUUUUUUUGUCCGUUCGACUUUAUUUCUAUCAUUCUGAACGAUGUACUAUUUUCUGUUGAAUUUUUUUAAAAUUUGCAUAUCGCACUGAGUGAAUAAAAAAUAAACUUCUACCAUAAGCGAACAAA